UUAUCCUGAAAGUCGCAUCAGAAGGUAAACGACAGGAAUGGUUGUUUGCAAGCUGAAAUAGCUGGAAAAAGAUUUGGAAGAGAAGAGGAGAGCUCCUCAUGAAUGGAAAUCUCGACCCACGUUUACUGUCAUGCAUGCACCCAGCCAUCUAGCCUGUGCUUUGUGCACCCCCAAGCCUUUAGGACAAUGCAGUAGCAGUAGUUGGAGGCUCUUCCUCCUUUUAAUCUCAGUUUCUCCUCUCUGCCCCCAUCCGUCCCACACUUCCCUAUGUUAACCCUCUUGAGCAUGUUUUACUAUAUAUGUCUGCGGCGGCGCUCCAGGAGUGGGACUCGAGGAGAGGCCCUGAACAGCCGGCGCGCCGUGGAGUCUGGUCAGAGGGCGGUGCUACCAGUCAGCGUGGAGGUUGAGCAGUAUGCCAAGGAGGUUUUGGACUUCAGCUCCCAUUAUGGCAGUGAAAAUAGCAUGUCCUAUACCAUGUGGAACUUGGCUGGGGUGCCCAAUGUCUACCCCAGCUCAGGGGACUUCACCCAGACUGCAGUGUUCAGGACCUAUGGGAAAUGGUGGGAACAGUGUGCCAGUGCUCCACUACCUUUUCGUCGCACACCUGAAGGUUUCUACAGUCAGGAUUACAUAGAACUGGGCUUUGAGGAGCCGGUCUACCCCACAGCAGUCGAAGUGUUUGAGACCUAUUACCCCGGAGCCAUUGUGCAGAUUCUGGCUUGCUCUCACAACCCAUUCUCUCAGAACCCAGCAACCGACGUCAGGUGGGAGGUGUUGUGGUCAGGGGAGCCCACGAAGGUGCUGACCCCCCACGCACGGCAGUUUUCCCCAAAAAUCAAGCACAUCAACUUCCCCACAAAUCUGCUCCGCCUUGAGGUCAACAGCUCUCUGCUGGACUACUACACUGAGCUAGAUGCUGUUAUCCUGCGUGGGGUGAAAGAGAGGACCAUGCUGGCGCUUUAUAAGAUACCCCACAUCGACAUAAGUGACCUGAGUGACAGUGAGGAGGAGCUGGGUGACGCUGGAGGCCCUUUCAGGCAAGGAGACGGCAAGCACCAGAGGACCGGCAAUGGGUACUUUGACAAACUGCCUUAUGAGCUCAUCCAGCUGAUACUGAGCCACCUGACCCUGCCAGACCUCUGCCGUCUGGCUCAGACCUGCAAGCUGCUGCACCAGCACUGCUGCGACCCGCUGCAAUACACCCAGCUGAGUCUGCAACCCUACUGGUCCCGGCUAAAUGACGCUUCCCUGGGACACCUACAGAGCCGCUGCACCCUCCUCCAGAGGCUCAACCUGUCCUGGACCGGCAACCGUGGAGCCUUUACUCUGACAGGCUUCAGCAGUUUUCUGAAGGCCUGUGGUCAAAGCCUGGUCUGCCUGGAACUGUCAUGCUGUCACUUCCUGAAUGAAGCCCGUCUGGAGGUCAUCUCUCAGGCUUGUCCUGACCUGCAGGAGCUAAAUCUGUCCUCCUGUGACCGCCUCCACCCACAGGCCUUCACACACAUCUCUAAACUCACACAUCUCCGCAGGCUGGUGCUCUACCGCACUAAGAUAGAGCAAACGGCCAUCCUGAGCAUCCUGACUUUCUGCGUAGAGCUGAGACAUCUCAACCUGGGGAGCUGUGUGAGGAUCGAUGACUAUGAUGUUGUAGCCAGCAUGUUGGCCACGCGCUGUCGCUCCCUGCGCUCUGUGGACUUGUGGCGCUGUAGAAACCUGACUGACCGAGGCCUCAAUGAGCUCGUUUCUGGUUGCAGGAUGCUGGAGGAGCUGGACCUGGGCUGGUGUCCCACGCUGCAGAGCAGCACCGGUUGUUUCCAGCAGCUCGCCCGCAGUCUGCCUCGACUCCGAAAGCUCUUCCUCACUGCCAACCGCACCGUCUGUGACUCUGACAUAGAGGAGCUGACUGCCUGGUGUCCCUCCCUGCAGCAUCUCGACAUACUCGGCACACGGUUGGUGAGUGCUGCCUCUCUGAAGAAACUCCUUCAGGCUUGUCCUAAACUUCUUCUCCUGGACAUCUCCUUCUGCUCCCAGAUAGACAUGCAGGUCGUCCAAGAGCUGUCCAGCCUCUUCCCCAAUGUUUUCAUCAAGAAAAGUUUUACUCAGUGACUCCACAGUCCCCUUUCUUUCUGCCACGAGGCAAGCGGAGGAAAGCUUGCUACCCAACAGAUGCUGCCCCAAAAUAAGGUGGAGGCGGGUCAGAGGAGAUGAAGAACCUGCACCACAGACAAAGUCUUCUGUUAGACAGCAAACAAUAAGGUUGUUCUAAGUUAAAUAGCUUUUGGAGGAUUGUACUGACUGAACACAAACAGCUUAGCCCUCUGGGUGUAGGCUGAGACUUUUUAAAAUAAGUUAAAGUAAAGCCACAGUUUGUUUUGCUUGCAUCUCAUACCAAUGUAAGGAGUUAUUUUUGUUCUGUUCCAACUGUUCUGGCCUCACGUAUUCAUCUCACAAAGGUUUAUUCCUUUCGCUUAGUGCCUUCUUAAACAUUGGUAAAACAUGAAUUAAUGUUGGCCCUAUCAUUUUAAGAAGUCACCAUUCUUCCACUAUUGUGCAUAAAUUUCAAGACGUGAUUGAAAACAAAACCUUUUUUACAGUUUUCCAGUGGUUGUGGUCUUAACUUUGGCUCAGAUUACUGACCUGUACAGCUCUGCUUAUAGCAGCUGGUUUCAGGGCUUUGACUGAGCCUCUGCAUUCAUCACUUCUUCUAAAAUGGUAGAUUAUUUCAUACUAGAUCUGCACUCCAAUGCAAACUUACAUUUGAAUAGAAAUACACUCAAAGUUUUUCAUCCUAUAAGAAAGAGACGGCAGACUUUCUUCCCUCAGAGCUUUCAGAUUUCUGCUUUGCUUUAAGCCGCCUCGGGUAGUUGGUGGACUUUUUAAAAAUGAUUAUUAGUCGUUUGCACAGAGAACUUCUGGCAAAGAUGGUCUAAUCUUUAAAGUAAUUCAGGUAAAAGUCAUAUUUUGUUAAAACAAUAAUAAUUAUGAGAACAAAGAGUUUUUCUUUUUUUAUUCUUGACAGCUGAAAAAGUUUUCUGUAGCACAUGAGAAGCAAAUAGUAAAAAUGUUGUAAAUGAUUCGUUUGAAAUUCUGCAGCUCAUUUAAAAAGAAAAAAAAAUGAAACAAAAGAAAAACAAAGUUAGAACAUUGUGUUGACGCUUUUCUUUUGUCUUUGAGUAAAACAUAAACUUAAAACAUGAAACAUUGGAACUAAAUUCCUUCUCUGGAGCUUUUUUCUGGUAUUGCAAUUAAUCCGGUUAGACUUUUCCUUAAACACACACACCCACGCACACGGACAAACACAUUGAAAUAUUGCUUGCUCUGGUGACUUUUCCUUCUUGUCUGUGGGAAGAUAAACUUUUCCACAUGAUCACCACUCAUGCUUUCAGCUGCAAAGGUGAUGUUCCAACUUUAGUUUAGCCUCGAUUUCUGUUGCUGCGCUCCCUGCUUAUUCAGAAGAGACGUCUGCUGGGACUGUGUUCUCUUUGUCCUUUAGGGUUUCUGUGUUCACACUACCUGUCCACCUUUUCAACAUGACAGUGGGCCUAUGAUUAGAAAUUACAACACGUACAUUUUUACAGCCCUUUGAUAUUCCACUGACUCCUGUUUCUCCUUGGUUGGACUUCAUUUCUGCUUUGUCAGCGUUCUUCGCCCUCGCUCUCCCGCCCGUACGCUCAUCUUUCAUAAUCUUCCUGUUUUGUUUGUACUUGCUCAAAAUCUGAGACCAGGUUAACUGAAAACAGCAAAUAUCUUUUGCAGAUCUGAAGAAAUUGUAUCCCUUUUGUCUUUGUUGUAACAGACAGAUCUCCUGUUGAGGUCGGGUUAGCUGUCAGUCAUCACUUCAAUUCCUUACAGUCUGAAAGAGUUCUCCCUUACCUGAAGCCUCAUUUACAUGGUACACCUGUGCAGGUUUAUAAAGACAAAUGACAGAGGGACUCCUUUAGUCGUUUUUUUUUCCGUUUUUUUUUAGAAAUAUUUUUCUGGGUUGUAUUAAGACCGCUUCACCAAACCGUUGUAGACGAGUGAAACUAUUUUAUUUAGGUUACAACCUUAAAGCAUUAAGUUUAUAGUUUUUCUAAAGCAUUUUCUCUGCUCACUUUAGAAGUGUGCACUCUCAUCUUCAAAGAUGAUCAAUUGAAGAAAUGUUAAAUGUUAAUUUAGGCCUGUUUGGAAGAAUUUAAAAAUAAGAGUGGAUUCUUUUUAAAAUGUUGUUGGUCCAAGCCUGUUCCAUUCAAGCCUGGGUUGGUCAUUUAUUACACAUUGUGUUGUGUAAAGCCUCACAGUCUAAAGCUAACCGUAAAUUCUGGGGCUCAAACUGCAGACGUAAAGAUGAAGAAACACCUUCAGCUGCUGUAGCACUAAAAUGCAUUGAUGACACAUUUCUAAAACCUUGUACAGCAGAAAACAUAAAUAGGUCUUUUACCAGUCAAUAGAAAAGCAGAAAUAAGACACAUUUGAAGUUUGAAUCAAUUGGUCUUGGUGUGAUUGUCUUACUUGGAAAUAUUUUAGUCAAAAAAUGCGCCUUUUGCAGUCUUGAAUGGUUUUCAGCUGUGUAGGUGUUGUUACCACAUUUCAGGAGAACGUUUUGGUUUACAUUCUUGGGUGUUUCUGCCUUUAAAAGUCCAGUCCAUUUUGUUGAGUUGACUUUUCUCAAACUUUAGCUUUUCCACUUGCUGUACUCCGGUUCUUUCCCUGAAUCAUCUUUUCACUGAUUUGACCUUUUUUCUUUCAUAAUGAGAAUCCCUCAAGCAUGAUUAAACUGUGUUGUCCUUUAGGAAAAAGGGUUUUGUUUUUGGUGCCAGGGUCAUUUCAUUUUUGUGCGUCUUUAGGUGCAGGACUAUCAGCGUGUUGUGUAGUAUUUUUGCAUCAAAAUAACCAAAGUCUUUGCGUAAUUGGAAAACUUGAUUUCUCUUAAACAACAUAAAGAAGUGAGGAGUUGUUAGUGAUUUUACCUUCUUUAAAUUGGCAUUUCGGUUCAAACAGGGUUUAUAAUGAAGGCUCUGGUUAUAUUAGAAGUUAUCCAGAUAUUCUGAAAUGAUUUGCACUCAUAUUGCAAAUGAUUUUCAUUUUGUAUUGUGUAGUAAAAACCUGUGAUGUUAACUGAGGGCAGCAUGUGACCGCUGUUACCUCAGUGUCUGGUGGUCAACUCAGGGUUUGUACAGGCGCAUCCUCCUCACACAGAAUGCUUCACAACAACACAAAGGACAUCUCUGGAGUGCAGCUCGCUGUAAACUCAAACUAACACUGCAGGAACUGAGACAAAGGAGAAAUCCUUUCACAUUUGUUGUAGUGCAUCAGAAAAUAUCUUGCUGCUGGUGAAUAAGUGUUCCAACUUGGUCUUUUUUCUCUUUGAAACAUUUUGAGUUUAAUGUUCAUGUUUGUAAAUAUUUGUGCCUUAUGCUGCUGAAUGUGGUGAUGUAGAUUGUUGUGGUUUGCAGAGCUUGUACGUUCCUUCACCAAAGUACAUUUACAGUCAUGUGUCACAGUCAGAAAUGGAUCUGUUCAUUUGCCAUAUAUUGUACAUCAGACAAGUGGACUCGUAUGCAAUGAUAUAUAUUUCUUUAGUCUCUGCUCCUGUGGUGUCCAGGUUUUCUCCUGAUUAUGCAGUGAUGGUUUGAAUUCCUGUUUAUGGAACCUUAACUGUACAGUUUUUGAGGUUGUAUGUGAUUAAGAGUUUAAGUUCCUUAUUUUCCUUGACUUUAUUGACUCAGAGUCCUACAGUCAAACCGUGAGUUUGCCUAAUGAUCUAAUGCGUGAAACACCCCAUUAAGAUUACAUUUCAUCUCAAUUUUUUUUUUUAGGGUUGAGAAGUAUUUAAGUCACUUCCGACCUGCAGCCCCGGGGCAUAAUAAUGGGGCAGAAUGGACAGCAGUGCCUCCCUCAGAUGAUGCAAUUCUCACUAAAGCUGCAGCAGGUUGUGAUUGUUUCAUAUCUGUGCAGCACAUUUUUCUGGCCUAUCUGAAAAAUCCAGGAAGUCACCUCAGCGAGAUUCACAUAGAAGUGCUGCAGUGAUGCCGGGGAAACGCCAGCAUGAAGGACAGCCUGAUGGUAGCUGUCAGAAUCAAAGUGUUUGUGGGGAGAAGCUGCUGGGGUUCUUCUUGCUCCUCUGUAAUCAAUAUGCACUCUGGUCAUGUGAUGAACCUCUGUGGCGUGCUUGGGCAGGACGUUUUGUUAUGUCUUUCCCACAACGACACAGGGUUUUUAAAUAAAGUGAAAGCUGAUGACUGA